AUGGCYCUGAUAGAAACCAAGACAAUAACCUGCUCCUCAUCUUAUGGCGAUGAUGACUAUUCUUCUGUGGUUGACGAGGGUGGCUCCGGCAUCCUCGACCACYACCAUCCGCCCCUUGUAUCUACAUACAACGACCGUAUCCGCCCAUUACUCAACUGUGUUGACAAGCUCCGUCAUCUUGGAGUCAUGCAAGAGGGAAUCCAGCUUCCGACGAUCGUUGUCGUCGGUGAUCAAUCUUCUGGSAAGUCAAGUGUUCUUGAAUCACUCGCUGGAAUCAGCCUGCCUCGUGCUCAAGGUAUUUGCACCAGGGUGCCGCUCAUCAUGAGGCUUCAGCACCACCCUGAUCCUCAUCCGCAACUCCACUUGGAGUACCAUGAAAAAAUGGUCCAUACGGACGAAGCUCACAUCGAAGAUGAUAUCAKUGAUGCAACCAAUGAGAUUGCUGGCAAUGGAAAAGGAAUCUCRCAUACUCCAUUGACUCUGAUUGUUAAGAAGAAAGGUGUUCCGGAUCUUACAAUGGUUGAUUUGCCCGGAAUAACCAGAGUUCCGGUGCACGGGCAACCAGAGGAUAUCUACGAACAAGUUUCAGCCAUCAUCACCGAAUACAUUACGCCGAAGGAAAGCAUUAUUUUGAAUGUUCUUUCUGCAUCUGUUGAUUUCUCGACCUGUGAUUCGAUACGAAUGUCUCAACGAGUGGAUAAGACCGGCGAAAGAACACUUGCCGUUGUGACGAAAGCCGAUAAAAAUCCUGAAGGUCUUUUGGAAAAGGUUACCGGAAAUGAUGUCAACAUUGGUCUCGGCUACAUUUGUGUGAGGAAUAGAGUCGGGAAAGAGACUUAUGAAGAAGCUAGGWUCAAAGAAGCGAAGCUCUUUGAGAGUCAUCCAUAUCUUUCGCUGGUUGAUAAGUCCAUGGUUGGAAUACCUGUUUUGGCUGAAAAGUUGGUGAAGAUUCAGUCGGCGAUCAUCUCCAAGUGUCUCCCGGACAUUGUUGUAAAGAUCAGUGACAAACUUGCAGGUUAUGUUGGUCAACUGAACAAGUUACCAAGGAAGAUGACGUCUGUUGCAGAAGCUAUGACGGCUUUCAUGAGGAUURUUAGUUCUGUGAAAGAAUCSUUGAAGAAAGUUCUCAUGAGAGGAGAGUUUGAUGAAUUCCAAGAUGUUAAAUCAAUGCAUUGCACGGCCCGGCUAUCAGAAAUGCUGAAUGAUUACUCUGCCAAACUGCAAACCACGGCAGACAUUAAAGACGGUGAGCACUUUCUGAUUGAAGAAAUUAUGGUCUUGGAAGAAGCCAAAGGGAUUGGACUUCCAAAUUUUCUCUCUCGACCUGCAUUUCUCGCAGUUUUAAACAAAAAGGUAAACGAGAUUUCAUCGAUGCCAGUUGAAUUUGUUGAAAAAUUGUGGCGUUACAUGGAUGAAGUGGUGAUAAAUGUCAUGAAUUGCCAUUUGGAGAGUUAUCCGAUGCUUCAGUCAUCAAUGAGAAGAGCUGCGCAUAAUCUGGUUGUGAAGAUGAAGGAUGCUUCUGUUAACAGAGUGAUGGAGCUGGUAGAGAUGGAAAAACUGACAGAUUACACUUGUGAUUCUCAAUAUAYAGWGAUCUGGAACAAGUUGAUAACUCAUGAAAACUCUUUCAUGGAGCUUGUUAUCGAUCAUUCGAAGCCGGUGAAAAUCAAAAUCGAAUGGCUGAAUGAGGUUGAGGUGGGGCAUCUGAGAUUGUAUGGUGMUGAUGUGGUAAGACAAGCCUUUGAUAUGAAGAUGAGGAUGAUUGCUUAUUGGAAGAUUGUGUUGAAAAGAAUGGUGGAUUGUAUGGCGCUGCAUAUGCUUUAUAGCAUUCACAAUCUGGUGAAUCGGGACAUUGAGACAGAUAUUGUGUCUGAGAUGAUGGCGCCACGUGGUGGUGGGAUCGAGCGGAUGCUGGAGGAAUCGCCGGCGUUGGCCGGAAAACGGGAGAAGCUGAAUAGAAGUAUUAAGUUGCUGAGGGAAUCUAAAGAAGUUGUUGGAAAUGUGAUUGAUCAGAUCGCUGCAUAUGGUGAUUAGAUGACCUUAAUUAUCUCUAUUUUGUAUUAUGUUUGCGUGGUUAGGUUUUGAUGUUUUUGGACACAACGCACGCCUUCACGGUUUUUUCUGUUAACCAAAUAAUUAUAUAAAUAUUUACUUCUUGCUUUGUUUU